CAAUUUAACUUGGAGUCAGUCGGAGAGGUAGGCGCGAGAAGGCGGCAGCAGGUAAAGGUGCGAAGGAGAAGGAAGGAGAAAGACUAAAGACAGGAUGGACGGAAGAAGAGGAUCGGACAAGAGGAAGAUGGUGUCUUCGUGCGGGAGCUUGUACGACAGCAACAACCUGCUUAUGCAGUACUGCAACAACGAUGACACCAUGUCGGCAGCCAGCAACAUGGAGAUGGAGGACCGCGUGUCCCACCUUGAGCAGCGGCUUCAGCUUCAGGAGGACGACAUCCAGCUCCUGAAAGCGGCUCUGGCCGACGCCCUGCGCCGUCUCGGCUGCUGCGAGGAGAAGAGUCUGGCCUCGCAGCCGGGAGGUGUCCACGCCACCGGGAGGCGGUCUCUGCCCGGCACGGCCCCGCCCGCCAAGGUUCGUCAGCUACUUCAGGCUCUUCCUUCCAAGCCGCUGAGCAACGGAUACGUACAACACAAACGCCUUCUCUCAUCACCGUCCUCGCCCAAGAAGGACGUGCUGAACUCCAUCAAGCGGAAGAGCAUGUCGACAGAGCGCCUCACGCUGGCCAGGAGGGAAGUGGCAGCGGCCGAGAGUAGAAGUCGAACAACUUCAUCCAGUAGUUCUACAGGCGGAAAAAGUAAAUCCAAAGAAUGCGCAUAUAAUGCAGAGGACGGCUACGUGAGGAUGUUCCUGCGCGGCCGUCCCGUCACCAUGCAUGCGCCCGACCAGCUAAGAGGGAGCUACAGCUUGGACCACAAGGUGGCGCUACCCGACCACAAGCUCAAACUGGAGUGGGUCUACGGCUACCGUGGGCGCGAUUGUCGCUCCAAUUUGUACCUUCUGCCUACUGGGGAGAUUGUCUAUUUCAACGCCUCCGUGGUGGUCCUGUACAAUACCGACGAACAGCAGCAGAGACACUACUUGGGGCACAAUGACGACGUCAAGUGCUUGAGUGUGCAUCCUGACAUGGUUACCAUAGCAACGGGACAAGUGGCAGGAAAUACUAAAGACGGAAAGCUGCUAGCGCCCCACGUCCGGGUGUGGGACUCAGUAAGCCUGAACACUCUUCACGUGCUGGGUGUUGGCGUCUUCGACCGAGCAGUCACCUGUGUGUCAUUCUCCAAAUCAAAUGGUGGCAGCUUCCUGUGUGCUGUCGAUGAUGCCAACGACCACAUCCUGUCUGUGUGGAACUGGCAGAAGGAGAAGCAACUAGCUGACGUCAAGUGCUCUAACGACUCGGUGCUAGCGGCCGUCUUCCACCCGAUGGACGCUAACCUGAUAGUCACCUGCGGAAAAUCACACAUCAACUUCUGGAGCUUGGAGGGAAACACGCUGGCCAAGAAACAAGGACUCUUUGAGAAACAUGAGAAACCGAAAUAUGUGUUGUGCGUGGCGUUUGCCGAGAACGGAGAUGCCAUCACCGGAGACUCCAGUGGAAACAUCUACGUUUGGGCCAAAGGCGGGAAUCGCAUCAGCCAGGUCAUGCCGGGUGCCCACGAAGGCGGUAUCUUCUCCAUCUGUGUCCUGAAAGACGGCACCAUGGUGUCUGGAGGAGGGAAGGACCGCAAGGUGGCGCUGUGGGACCGUGACUAUCGCAAGCAGGCGGACAUGGAGGUGGGUGACCCGUUCGGUCCAGUUCGGGCCAUUACAGAAGGCAAAGGAGGUGAACUCUUCAUCGGCACCACCAAGAACGCAAUUCUCAAAGCGGCCUUCCCUGACACACUGACACCCAUUGUACAGGGUCACACGGACGAGCUUUGGGGUCUGGCUGUGCAUUCGAAUCUGGAUCAGUUUGCCACCUGCUGUCAGGAUAAACAAGUUCACCUGUGGGACACAAACUCCCACCAGCCCAUCUGGACCAAGAGCAUUGAGGAUCCUGCAAGGUGUGCAUGUUUUCAUCCCAACGGCGAAGUUCUGGCUGUCGGCACCAUGACUGGAAGAUGGUUAGUGUUGGACACAGACACUCGUGAUCUUGUGUCUAUGCACACAGAUGGCAAUGAGAUCAUUUCCAACGUCAAAUAUUCUCCAGACGGCAACUUCCUGGCGGUGUCCUCCCACGACAACUUUGUUUACAUCUACGCCGUGACCGAGAACGGACGCAAGUACAACCGUACAGGAAAAUGUACUGGUCACUCCAGCUUCGUGACGCAUGUGGACUGGUCCUCUGACAGUCACUACCUGGUCACCAACUCAGGAGACUAUGAGAUCCUCUUUUGGGAGGCACCCAGCGGCAAACACGUGACCAACAUGGACGCCGUACGAAACCUCACGUGGGCCACAUCCACCUGCACGCUGAGCUUCAACACCUUUGGAAUUUGGCCAGACGGUGCAGAUGGCACAGACAUCAACGGCGUGUGCCGAUCACACGACGACUCCCUGCUGUCAUCGGCUGACGAUUUUGGCAAAGUGCAUUUGCUGUCGUACCCGUGCUCCCAACCCAGGGCGCCAGGCCACGAAUAUGGUGGCCACAGCAGUCACGUGACCAGCGUAGCUUUCCUGCACGAUGACAGCCGCCUCAUCUCCACCGGAGGAAAGGACGCCAGCAUCCUCCAGUGGCUGGUCGCUUAGGUAAUUCCUGCUUUUGGUGGCCUCCUGUCCACUGGAGGGCAGCACCAUCUUUUUCCCUUACGUGCCUGCACGUUAAUACACGCGUACGCUGGAUGAAAUGAAUGUUUACUAUGGUGCAUAAAUUUCUAGUUAGUGUUCAAAAGAGCAGCAGGAUGUUAAAUGUAACAAAAAAAAGUAUCAUAUGCGCGCAAACUGCCUGUAUCCUCAUGUGGGCUUUGUUUCGUUAUCACUGUGAAGAGCUGAAGAUGAAUUGCUGGCUGUGCUGGGCUCCUUUUAAAACAGUGUAGAUGCAAAAAACGCUAAUGCUAAAAAUGUGGUGCAAGCUCGACCUCGCAGAUGUCACAUACACAGUUGUGAAUGUAAACAACAAAAACAGCAUCCUGUCCCUUUAAGAGUGGCCCGGCUGCCUUGUCUCUCUCCUCCACAGCAAUAUGCUUCUCCUCCUCUUCCUUCCUUUUCGCUUACUAAGAUGGUGAGCUUCACCGCUUUCUCCUUUUGCCAUCCUCCUCUAUUCCUUCUCCUUCACCACCUUUCCCUUUUUUCUCCAUCACCACUCUUCUCUUCCUCCCUCUCGAACUCGUCCCUCAGGUCCAAUGAUGAUUUCUGACCUGCUGUCAUACUGUUCAUAUAAGUGCAUAAUGUGCACCAGGUGGCGCUACAGUGCAACUAGUGCAUGAGCGAGUUGCUUCUAAAGUGGUCAAUAGAUUUACAAAAUGCACUAUAUACAAAUUAUAAAAAUACAUAUAUGUGUAAUGCGGUGUAUCCGAGUGGCUGUGCUAUUUUAAUAUUGAAGCAUUUAAUAUAUUGAAUAGGAUAUGUCUGAUGUGGGCAUGUCGCUUCUAGUGGUUGACAGGCAGCUUAACUGUGUUUGUGUGGCCUUUUUAUUUGUUAAUAAAGUUUUUAACCAAA